CCAGUCAACAGUUUACUUACCUCGAGCACAGUGAAAGCCGGAUAGUGGAUGGACUAGAACUUACAGUCGAUUCAGAAGAGAACCUCAGAAAAGACUCUCGGAAAUCGCAGUUCGAGGCAUUUUCUCUGGACCCGCUUGUUGACUUCGGGACCCCACGAUGAUGUACACGGGUUUUGGCACGGAGUGCGACUCGUCUUCCCGCUGCAGCAGCGCUUCCCCGGCCGGUGACAACAUCACCUACUAUCCGUCUCCGGCGGAAUCUUACUCAAGCGUCGGCUCCCCGAUGAACCAGGCUCAGGAUUUCACUGAUCUCUCUGCUGUAAGUGCCUCCUUCAUCCCAACUGUUACUGCAAUCUCCACAACUCCAGACCUGCAAUGGAUGGUCCAGCCGACCACACUUAUCUCUUCCGUGGCUCCUUCGCAGACCAGAUCACACCCAUAUGCAGCCCAGGGCUCGAACUCAGCCUACCCUCGGGCUGGAAUGGUCAAGACGGCUGGAAUCAAAGCAUCCUCUUGUAGGAGGGGCAAAGCGGAACAGCUUUCUCCUGAAGAGGAAGAGAAAAGAAAGAUCCGCAGGGAGAGGAAUAAGAUGGCUGCAGCAAAAUGCCGAAACAGAAGGCGAGAGCUCACCGACACCCUACAAGCUGAGACGGACGGUCUGGAGGACGAAAAGUCCAGGCUGCAAACAGAGAUCGCAAACCUAAUGAAAGAGAAGGAAAGACUAGAGUUCAUCCUGGCUGCCCACAAGCCAGCCUGCAAGAUACCAUCAGACCUGGACACUGGCUUUCUACAAACCACUGUCUCCCCUACACAGAGCUUCUGUGAUGACACAAGUUCCCACACUGGCAAUGCCAUCUUGGGCUGUCCGCUCUUAAAAGAGUCUACCAACGUCUCUCCCAAGCCUUCCAUCUUCUCUGCCAGUUCUGGGGCUGAACCCAGCACCAUGCCAGUUAAGAUGUCUGACCUGGAGCAUUCCCUGGAGGACUCCUUAGAACUGCUGGAGUCCCUGAAGAAGACCACAGAGACGGCCCGAUCGGUCCCGGACAUGGACCUUUCCGGCUCCUUCUACGCACCAGAAUGGGAGCCUCUUUACUCGUCGGCCACAACUGACGCCGAACCUCUGUGCACCCCCGUGGUGACCUGCACCCCUACCUGCACAACGUACACGUCUUCCUUUGUGUUCACUUACCCCGAGUCAGAGUCAAUCCCCACAUGUGGGGUGGCGCACAGAAGAGGGAGCAGCAGCAACGAGCAGUCUUCAGACUCUCUGAGCUCCCCUACUCUCCUUGCCUUAUGAGAGCAAUUCCACAGACUUCCAGAAUACAAACAAUUCACAGAACACAAGUUGCAGUUCCCAGGGCUACAGCAUGGACUUCCCAGAGACAAUUUAUAGAAACCUAUGUCAGUAUGAACCAUAUUAAGUGUGUAGCAGAAAAGCAUGCUUAAAUUCACCUAAUUGAAAGUAUGUGCCAUCAUGCAAUAUACAGUGCCAUUUAGGUUUUUUGAAACUUAAUGCUAGUUUCUACUAGUGCUGUUUACUAAAUGUGCUCAUGGCAAUAGCGAUAAUACAGCGAAUUUGUGUGGGUUUUUUUUUUUUUUCUCCUCAUUCACUGAAUGUAUGCAUAUUGUAGAACUAUAUUCAGAGUACUCUAACCAUUGUCUGAGUGGUCUAAAUUGAGAGUAUGUAAUAAGUUUUCUGUGAAAACGUUUGCUGUGUUGUAUUUCACUCUUCUGAUAUUUAUAUUAAUUUUAUUUUUCUAGCGUUUAAAAUUCUCGUCAAGCAAAAUAUGUUCACUACAUAACCAAAUAAAAGGACGUGAAGAAAUAA